UCGCCUACACGUCCAACCAUCGGCAACGUACGAACGUACCGAUUGUUUCUUUACAAUUCCAUUGUGUUUUACUGUAGUUGCGCCGUUUUCAGCCGAUCAACUUGAAAUAUUGUUAGUUUUCGCUUGUGUUGUGAAUUGUUUUCCGCCAGUGGCGUUCGGCAGCAUACGAAGCAAAGUCCUCGUAUUUCGGUUUCGGGCAGUUUUCUCUCGGGUCAUUGAACGAUUUGUUGUGUUUGGCGUGUGAAAACGGAAGCCAAAUCAUAGGUCCCGUGGCCGGCUGCGUGUGUUUGCUGGGAUCGCGAGGGAAGAGUAGCAGCUAUUAGAGUCUGUGGCGUAAAGCAAUGACCUCGACGACGGUGCCUGAAAUUUGCAAAGAUUUAGACGGAGACGAUCGAUGGCUGAGCAUUCACAAACGCUUCGUUGCCGAGUGCAAAGAGAAGGACCCGGACGUGAUGUUCAUCGGUGACUGUGUGCUUGAGUCGCUACAGUUCACCGACUACUGGAAUCAGCAAUUUGUGCCGAUGCACUGCCUUAACUUCAGCAUUUGCACCGACCGAACUCAAAACAUUCUGUGGCGGCUGCAAAACGGUGAACUGGACAAUGUGCAGCCGAAGGCAGUGGUGUUGCACGCCGGCACCAACAAUAUCGAAGACACGGCCGACGCGGUAACGGAUGGGAUACUCGAACUGGUGCGUACUAUACGUCAGAAACUGCCCGACGCCUACAUUGUGCUUCCGACGCUGCUGCCGCGCGGCCAACAGCCGAACCGACUGCGUGACAAAAACGAACAGGUGAACCGGAUGCUACGUGAACGGUGCGUCGGUCUGUGCAAGGUGCAAAUCGUGAGCGUAGAUGGUGGCCUGAUACAAACCGAUGGCACGAUCAGUCAUCACGAUAUGUUCGACUACCUAAACUUGACCAAUGUUGGCUGUAAGAAAGUGUUUGAACCCAUCUGGGACCUGCUGCAUCAGAUACUAACCGAGAACGAAAAGGAACGCGAUCUUACACCAUCGGAGUAGGGUUUCUCUUCCGUGCAAUGUGUGAAAGGCGAGACCACCACGCAAACACAAUGAAACCAAAUACCCAAAAAAAAAACCCAAAUCGAAGCGAAUUCUUCUGCGUGAGCAACGUUACGCCGGAGAGAAAGCAAGCAAACCUGACAGCAAACCCCCAAUUCAGCCUACGGUUCGGGCUUUGCUUUUACCGCCCCCAAAACAGUACCGCUCCACGCCGUGCGUGUAACGUGAGUUGCGUUAGACGUGCAGCAUCGAAAUGAAGUGACGAAAACAGAAGACAGUGAUCAAUUCGCGAAUACUUAUGAUCUCAUCGUGUGCACUUUAAUGAAUGCUUUUUGCGCUGUACCUCCGCCCUUUGAAUCAAAUUACGUUCUGGUGCGUAGCGAUUGCUUAAGUUUAAAGGCCCUCUUUAGUUGGUAAGGUUGGCGCAACGAAGGGGCAGUUUAGCCGUGACUUGAUUUCGCCCAGCUAAUUUUGUAAAACUACGACUCACCCACAUAAAAAAAAUUAAACUUAGUACGCCACCUCAUUCCAAGAGUGUGUGAAAUGCUCACUUAAGUUACUACAUUAUUACGUAAUAUUGCUAUUUUUGUGGAGGCACAACGCAUGCCUCAAAACGUUCCAGACGGAGCAGAGCAGAAGUGCUGAAAUAAACACAUGCAAAGCAGAACAGUAGGCUUUCCAAUAUGCAGCGGAUCAAUGAAAAGUGGAAUGAAUGUCAUCCAAGAAGCAGAAGAAGAAGAUGGUAAGAAUAAACAAGCAAGCAAACAAUA